GGCGCGAGCUGCCCGCCUCGCUCGGAGUCGGCUUGAGAAGUGCGCACGCGCGGGACUUUCUGGCAGAAAGCAGACGAGCCCGGGCCGGCGCGGGGCCUUGUGGGAGGGCUUAAGGAAGUAAAAUGGCGGACCUGGCGAACGAAGAAAAGCCUGCCAUUGCUCCGCCCGUCUUUGUGUUUCAGAAGGAUAAAGGACAAAAGUCCUCUGCAGAGCAAAAAGACUUGUCGGAUUCGGGAGAGGAGCCUCGGGGGGAGGCUGAGGCCCCCCACCAUGGCACGGGUCACCCCGAGUCAGCUGGUGAGCAUGCCCUAGAGCUUCCUGCCCCCGCUAGCGCCUCCGCCAGCACUCCUGAAGCCCAGCUGCUUCCUUUUCCACGAGAACUGGCAGGGAGGUCAGCCGGAGGCUCCAGCCCCGAAGGUGGAGAAGAUUCUGACCGAGAAGAUGGAAAUUACUGCCCUCCUGUCAAGCGAGAAAGGACGUCCUCUUUAACCCAGUUCCCACCUUCACAGUCAGUAUCAAAAAACAAUGUUUUUAUGCCAUCAACCUUCUGCGAACCAUCUGCAGGCAAUUCUGACUCAGAACCAGAGGAAAAGAGCAGUGGAUUCCGGUUGAAGCCGCCCACACUCAUCCAUGGCCAGGCACCCAGUGCAGGUCUGCCGAGCCAGAAGCCGAAGGAGCAGCAGCGGAGCGUGCUCCGCCCGGCGGUGCUCCAGGCCCCUCAGCCGAGGGCACUCUCACAGCCCGUCCCGAGCAGCGGCACCAAUGGGGUCAGCGUCCCAGCAGACUGCCCGGGAGCCACAGCAUCCGCCUCGCCAGACAACCCUGCCCGGAGAAGUCCCUCUGACGAGGCACCAGCGCUUGAGGAGAAGGAGCCCCAGAAGAACGCAUCUAACAGUACUUCUGAGGAGGAGGACUGUGGGAAGAGAGAGCAGGCCGCACUGCAGGCAUUUGUGUUUGGGCAGAACCUGCGGGACAGAGUUAAGUUAAUAAACGAGAACACUGAAGUAGCGGACAUGGAGAACACUGGACACCCCAGUUCAGAAACACCAGCCGCGACCAACUACUUCCUUCAGUAUAUCAGCUCCAGUUUAGAGAACUCAGCCAACAGCGCCGACGCUGCCAGCAGCAAGUUCGUGUUUGGCCAGAACAUGAGCGAGCGUGUGCUGAGCCCGCCCAAACUAAAUGAGGUCAGUUCAGAUGCCAACAGAGAAAACACAGCUGCCGAGUCUGGGUCCGAGUCCUCAUCCCAGGAGGCCACCCCCGAGAAAGCUAAUAACAUUGCAGAGUCCCUGGCCGAGUCGGCUGCGGCCUACACCAAGGCGACGGCGCGGAAGUGUUUGUUGGAGAAGGUGGAAGUCAUCACCGGGGAGGAGGCGGAGAGCAACGUGCUGCAGAUCCAGUGUAAGCUGUUUGUCUUUGACAAGACCUCGCAGUCGUGGGUGGAGCGAGGCCGGGGGCUGCUCAGGCUCAACGACAUGGCCUCGACCGAGGACGGCACGUUACAGUCCCGACUGGUGAUGCGGACCCAGGGCAGCCUGCGGCUGAUCCUCAACACCAAGCUGUGGGCCCAGAUGCAGAUAGACAAGGCCAGUGAGAAGAGCAUCCGCAUCACGGCCAUGGACACCGAGGACCAGGGCGUGAAGGUCUUCCUGAUCUCGGCCAGCUCCAAGGACACAGGCCAGCUGUACGCGGCCCUGCACCACCGCAUCCUGGCCCUGCGCAGCCGUGUGGAGCAGGAGCAGGAGGCCAAGACACCCGCCCCAGAGCCAGGAGCAGCCCCGUCCAACGAGGAUGACAGUGACGACGACGAUGUCCUGGCCCCAUCGGGGGCCACCGGAGGCGGCACUGGCGACGAAGGGGACGGGCAGACAGCCGGGAGCACAUAGCGCCGGGAGCCGGCUGCCCGCGAGCCUGCUGCUUUGUCCGUCUGUCCGCCUGCCCACCCGCCCCUCCCGCCGGCAGCGUCGAGGUGCGGGGCUCGGGAACCACACUCCCCGCUGGGUUGGCCACAGUCUGGAUCCGCACGUCCCGUUCAGAAGCAGACUCGGGAACUGCCUGAAUGUGGUUUGGGACACGAGACCUCAUCAUAUUGAUGAGCAAAGCGAAAAAGAACAUUUCUUCCCUUCCCCUUUGAAUUGAAAUGGCACAUUAA